CGUGCGUCUCUCGUGGUAUUGGUCUUCGUGUCCGAGGACCUUCAUUUUUUUUUUGUCGUACAGAGUCUGCAUCCUAAGAAGCAAGAAUCCAGCCGCAGAUAUCCGCGCCUCAGUAUUCCAGAAUGGCUUACACUCUGGUGCCAAGAUGCACAGUCGAUGAUGCCGCGGGUCUAGCUCGAAACAACAUGUCUGCUUUUUGGCAAGAGACUUGGUGGAACAUGAUCUGGGCCGGCAAGACGCUCGACGCCCUCAUCAGCUCAUGUACUUUGAGGAUGCCUCGGAAUCUUCUGACGGAGCGCAACGUGAGGCGCCAUCAAAAAGUCGUCGAGGCGGCCACGGGCGAGAUUGCGGGCUACGCACGAUGGAUCAUGCCGGCCUCGUACGAGACGGCCUGGCUCGAGGCGCAGACCCCAGAUGUCAGUGAAUGUGACAGGGAGCUGUUUCAACAGCGCUUCUCCAGUGCCGAAUGGUCACCGCGCGAUGAUUUGGACCCUCUUGACGAACAGAUGUACGAGAACAUGCAGGAGAACGAGCCAGCGGGUCCCUACAUCAAAUUGGACUUCCUUGCCGUUGGUCCAAAUCACCAGCACCGAGGCGUCGGCAGCAUGCUUGUCAAGUCGGGCAUCGAGGCUGCGAAUGAGCUUCAGUUGGAUAUUUACCUCGUUGCGAUGGGAAAGAAGGCACUUGACAUGUAUUUGAAGCUGGGGUUCAAUCUUUUGGCACAGGACUGCAAAGACCUUCGACCAUUCGGUGCAGAUGGUAUUUACGACACAUACAUCCUCGUCAAACAUCCGGCGACCCUAUGAUUCGCGAUUGCACGCCGGCAAGGACUAUAGACACCCAGAGGAUGACAUUUCCCAUUGGCGCAGAUCUAACGAGGAUAUAAUAUGGGAAAGGAGCGUGCAAAAACGUAAAACUGCUCAAGUUUGCGAGUUGUGAAUGGUAAAUGAGAUUUGCACUACGAAGAGUCGCGCCCGACCAAGCCCCGAGCCUUCACCACUUGAACUCUCUGGGAAUUUGCCUAGGCUUUAGCG